AUGAACAUGAGAAGAAAAGAGGUCAAGGGAACCAAGGAAGAGGUCACGGCAGAGGUAGAGGCCGUGGAAGAGGUUUUCAUCCUCAAAAACAAGGAAAUUCAGGGAUUGCUGGCAUUAGAAGACAGAAAGAAUGAAGCAAACUUCAUGAGAGAAAAUGAGGAAGAACAGGUGUUUUACACCUGUAUGAAUGCUAAAGUCAAAGAAGAUAAAGUUUGGUUUCUUGAUAGUGGUUGUAGUAACCACAUGACUGGAAAUAAGGAGCUUUUUGUAAAGCUAGAUAAAAGCAUAACAAAUCAAGUGAUUCUCGAUGAUGGAAAAGCAGAAAAAAUUCAAGGGAAAGGAGUUAUUGCUGUCAACAUAAAAACUGGAAGCCAAAAAUACAUUCAAGAUGUUCUAUAUGUACCAAACCUUGCACAACUUGCUUAG